AUGGCAUCUCCAGUGAACUCCUCCGCGCAGCCGUCGUCGAUGGCGGCCAGGUCGGAGCCCGUUCGGAACAAGAGCCACGACCCCAAAAAGCCUCACAUUACCGACCAGGCCAUCACCAAGUCCAACUGGUACAAGCACGUCAACUGGCUCAACGUCACCCUUAUUAUCGGAGUCCCCAUUUACGGGUUCAUCGCCGCGUACUCGACACCUCUCCAGUGGAAGACGGCCGUGUUCACGGUGGUCUACUAUUUCAUGACGGGUUUGGGUAUCACAGCUGGUUACCACAGACUUUGGGCACACACCUCAUACUCCGCACGCCUACCACUCAAGAUCUAUCUCGCAGCCGUGGGCGCUGGCGCCGUUCAGGGGUCGAUUCGAUGGUGGUCAAGAGACCACCGAGCCCACCACAGAUAUACCGAUACCGACAAGGACCCGUACUCUGUUCGAAAGGGUCUGCUCUACUCGCAUAUUGGAUGGAUGGUCAUGAAGCAGAACCCUAAACGCAUUGGACGUACCGAUAUUUCAGAUCUGAACGAUUGCCCAGUCGUUGUAUGGCAACACCGCAACUACAUUAAGUGUGUCAUCUUCAUGGGCAUGAUCUUCCCCUGCCUCGUUACUGGCUUCGGCUGGGGAGACUGGAAAGGAGGCUUCAUCUACUCCGGCAUCCUGAGAAUUUUCAUUGUUCAACAAGCCACGUUCUGCGUCAACUCCCUGGCCCACUGGCUCGGUGACCAACCCUUUGACGACCGCAACUCUCCCCGUGAUCACGUCGUCACCGCCCUCGUCACAUUGGGAGAGGGAUACCACAACUUCCACCACGAGUUCCCCUCCGAUUACCGCAACGCGAUCGAAUGGCAUCAAUACGACCCUACCAAGUGGAGCAUCUGGAUGUGGAAGCAACUUGGCCUUGCCUAUGACCUGAAGCAAUUCAAGCAAAACGAGAUCGAGAAGGGCCGUCUCCAGCAACUGCAGAAGAAGCUCGACCAGAAGAGGCAGACCUUGGAUUGGGGUGUUCCUCUUGAGCAAUUGCCAAUCAUCGACUGGGACGAUUAUCAGACCGAGGCCAAGGGUGGCCGCGCCCUUGUUGCCGUAGCAGGUGUCGUCCACGAUGUCACGGACUUCAUCAGGGAACAUCCAGGUGGAAAGGCCUUGAUCACUUCUGGUAUCGGCAAGGACGCCACUGCCAUCUUCAACGGCGGUGUCUACAACCACUCCAACGCCGCGCACAAUCUCUUAUCGACGAUGAGGGUUGGUGUUCUCCGAGGAGGCUGCGAAGUCGAGAUCUGGAAGCGAGCACAGCGGGAAAACAAGGAUAUUUCUUUCGUUAGCGACUCUGCCGGCAAGAAGAUUAUUCGAGCUGGUAGCCAGGUUACACGCAUCGCCGAGCCAGUGGCGUCAGCAGAUGCUGCAUAG